AUGUCAGCCGGGGGUGAACAUCUCAAGGAUGAGGGCACAAAACGGCAAACCGUGCUGGCAGGCGGGAUAGCAGGACUGAUCUCGCGGUUUUGCAUUGCGCCGCUCGACGUGGUCAAGAUCCGCCUGCAGCUGCAGAUCCACUCGCUCUCGGACCCGGCGUCGCAUUCAACAGUCGUGGGGCCUGUAUACAAGGGGACGUUGUCGACGAUGCGGGCCAUUGUGCGACAAGAAGGAAUUACAGGUCUCUGGAAAGGAAACAUCCCGGCCGAAAUGAUGUACGUCUGCUAUGGCGCUCUCCAAUUCACCGCAUACCGCACAACAACCCAAUUCCUCGCCGAACUAGACCCCUACCGACUUCCACCAGCCGCCGAAUCCUUCCUCUCCGGCGCUGUAGCAGGUGGAAUGGCAACAGCAACAACCUACCCACUGGAUCUCCUGCGCACCCGAUUUGCCGCGCAAGGCCCCGAACAGGUUUACAGAUCUCUCCGCUCAUCAAUAGUAGAGAUAGCGCAACAAGAAGGGCCAGCAGGAUUCUUCCGCGGAUGUUCCGCCGCAGUGGUGCAAAUAGUUCCGUAUAUGGGUCUGUUCUUCACCGCGUACGAGGGAUUCAGACCUGUAAUGGCGGAAUUAGAUCACUUGCCAUUCGGAACGGGGGAUGCAGCUGCAGGAGUUGUGGCUAGCGUGCUUGCGAAAACGGGUAUUUUCCCACUUGACCUCGUGCGGAAGAGACUCCAAGUCCAGGGUCCUACGCGGACGCGAUAUGUGCACCGGAAUAUUCCCGAGUACGAUGGUGUUGCGCGGUCGAUUAUGAUGAUUUUGCGGACGCAGGGUGUACGGGGUUUGUAUCGUGGGUUGACGGUUAGUCUGUUGAAGGCUGCGCCAGCUAGUGCGGUGACGAUGUGGACGUAUGAGCGCGUGUUGAGGAUUUUGCAAGAGACGGAGGUGGCAGCUGCGUAUUGA